AUGGAAGAUGUGAACUAUUACUUUGAAUCAUCUGGACUGGAGAGGAAUUUCGAUAAAUCAGCAACAAAUAGUUACCUAUUAAGAAAUGAUGGUAAAUUGAUAGAUGGUCUGGACAGCUACAGAUAUUUGGGAGUUUUAGAAAACAGAUGUAGUAAAGUACUCAAAGAAGACGUACUCAAAAAUAUUAAAGAAGAAAUGCAAAACCGUAUUGAAAAGUUAUCGGAAACUAAAUUGAACUCAGUCAAUUUAUUUAAAGCAAUCAAUGAACAUGCUCUAUCACCGUGCAAUUAUUAUAUUGGACUCAUUGACUUAGAACCCUGUGAACUCGAAGAAAUUGAUAAAUUAGUCAGAAAGAUACUUAUGAAUUUAAAUGUGCAUAUGAAACCAGCUUGCAAAGAAAGACUACUUACCGAGGAAUAUGUUUGGAAGGGGAUUGAUAUCUAUCACUUUCAAAGCUGA